UCUUACAAUCUAUUGUCAAAGAGGGAGAUUGUGGAGCAUUUGAGUUCAUGUGUGAGUGUACAAUAACAUCAAUACAUGUGUUCGAACACUUGAUGUUUACACCAAAGAAACAGCUCGACGCUCGAAAGUAUCGAACUAUACUUACCUGUACACAGUUUGUCCUCGUAUUUCCCAAGUAUAACACGCGUAUAAACAACCUUUCAAAGUCAGAGGGUCUACGUAUAUGAAAUACAGUAAGUUUGACCAAAAUAAGGCUCGCAACUGAAAACUACAAUUUUGUUGCUGUAUUUUAUUUGUUCUUUAAAUUUCAAACCAGGUUGCCCUAACUAUCAAAAAAUGGCGUACGUUAAGCAGAAAAACAAGUGCAUCACCCUCCAAGGCUCCGCAGCGAUGGUCCGCGAAUACAUAGAACUUGGAAUGUCCAGUAUUCUGUACCAAAGAGAAGUGUGUCCCGCUGAUGAUUUCCAGCAAACAAAGUAUCACGGGCUCAAUUUGUUCAAAGUGAAAAAUGAGAAAAACUUUAAAAAAUUUGCUGGUGACCUUGGAGACAUUGAAAAUUUCCUGGCGAAAAAAGAAGUGGCCAGUGUUACGUUGGCCCUUAUAAAUGUAGACACGAGGGAAUACCUCGAAAAGUGGACAUUCGAGAUUACCUACGAAGACGAGUCAGGUGGUGGUUCCCAGGACCACAGCUCCUCCUCUUGUGGGACAAAAGAUACCGAGGCCAUCCAAAGAGAGAUACGUGCUGUGAUAAAACAAAUUUUAAGUGCGAAUUCCAUACUGCCGUUGCUGGUGGAAAAUAAUGUUGUUUACGAAAUCCAAGCGCAAGAAAGGCCAGGAGUACCUUUGUGGGGCGGCUGGACAGUAGUGUCGGAGGACACUGGCAUCGAGAACCAAGAAAAAAUUGAGUUCAGAGACCUAUCGACAUCCGUUCAUGGGGUUCAUACCGAAGUGUUGUAUAAAAAUGCCUAAACAUCGAUAAAUCUUGGUAUUAAAAUAUAAAAUAUUUCAUAUAUUAUUUGUUGAACUUUCAUUUUUUUUUUUUUUUUUUUUUUUCCUUCUUUUU